ACUAAGGUCUACGAAUUGUAAUUUCGUUUGUUUUGAUUUGCCGAUAAUCCUAGACGCUAGCGCGAACAGAAAGCACACAUAUUGAACGCACAAAAAUGCGGAUUAUUGUUUAAAGAUUGUGUCCAUUGAUGGUGUAUCUUUCGUGCUAGGUGAUAUACAUUACACAGUGACCAGUUGUUUGAUUGUGUAUCGUCCAUUGAGUGGGAAAGCUGAUCGCAUUGAAGCAAAGCAAAUAAAGAAGCAAUUGCAGGAUGCCGUACGCAGUGGUGGAAACGGUGGAUGCUGCGGGAGAUACGAAAUUGCUGACUGUGCCGGAGCAGUGGCUUGUUGUCUGCGAAGCAGAAGGCGUCGAGUAUCUGCGUUGGCCGGAUGCGAAAAGCGUUAGACACAUUAAAUCACUGCUGGCCGACGAUCUAAGCCGCCCGGAGGCUUCAUGGGAAAAGCAUAAAUGCACAGUAAUCUAUAGGGAUAUCGCGUCAAUGUUGGUAGCGCAGCAAACGCUGAAAAUAAUACAGCAGCAUCGCAAAACAGAAGACACCGCUGGCAUCGCGAACAGCAGUACACCAAUUGUUGCGAUGAAUCCGGCAGUCACUCAUGGUGGAACGAUUCAAUCGAGCGGAAAUGGGCAAGGAAUGAGUGGUGACCGAGUACAAGAGCGAGAUCCCUUUCACGAUGUAGAUUGCGCCCCGCCGCUGUUGCAACAGCAACCGAGCCAUUCGGCAAGCCGACAGUACCAGGAAAAUGACCCAUUUGAAGAUAUCGGCAAAUUUGAGGAUCUAAUCCCACAGAAUGUUAGUUCCGUGGAGAAAGAUUGUUUGCCUACUGUCGUCGACACGAACGAACCGGGUUAUGUUGAGAUGAUGCACACCAACAAGAAUGUUGAAAAUGAUCCUGCCCAAGAUGUUAAACUAUUUCCCCAGCUAUACGACAUGAUCCUUGAACUAAAAAGCAUGAUGAAGGCGAACCAGGAAGAGAUUAGACAAAAGCUAGCUGAAGGCUUCAGCCAACUGCAAACAGCCUUCAAGACCUGGACGGAGCAAAGUGUACACAAGCAACAGGGCCAGCCAACCUCGUACGAUCCCGCUGAUUAUCAAGUGUACGGGCUGGCGAGCAUAGAGGAGGUGAAGGGCUUUGACGAGCGAUUGAAGGAUGCAAAGUUUAGGCAAGGUGUUCACAAAUGGAUCAACCGUUUCGUUAGCGAUGUAGAGAGUUCGUGGAAUCGUAUGCAAAAAAUGAUGAGCGUGAUAUUUAGUCAAAAGUGUGUGCUCGAUCUCAGCAUUACCGGUUCGGGGGGACUGAGAUACUCUAUACUCAACUGCUUACAAAUACUGAAUUUGUUCAAGUACAUCGGUACCACCAGCAGGCAUCAGGUGAACGAUGGUGAGGUGCGAGAUUUCUUUAUAAAACGUAUAAAGUACGUAAAGGACAUGGAAACCUAUAGGCACACACACGCACCGUCGAAGAAGAAAAAUGCUAAAUUACGUACGAUUGCACCGAGCUUGCGUCUGAGCGUGGAGGAGGUGUGCGAAGAUGAAACGAUGAUGCAACUGGAUGAAAGUAUGGAACAGAUUGAAAUGAUGAAAGAGCAGAAUGGAAAGAGAAUGCGGCUCGAUAGCAUUGAACAGCAGCGGGAAAGUAGCUCCAAGGAAGGUAGUCUACCGACUGUAGGGGAAGAAAAUCCGCCAGAUAGCAAUCAUGUUUUCCCUCUCAAAACGCUUGACGACAUGAAUGCAUUUGAAGUUAGGCUGUGCGACGAGCGUGAACUAAAGCAUACGCAGCUGUGGAUUGACCAUCAUUUGCACUAUGACACGAAGAAUGUUGAAGAUUACAUGAAAACUUUGUUGGAGCGGUUGGUGGAUAAAAAUGUGUUGCUUAACUUUUGCUGGAUCAAGGACACUGGCGGCGGAAAACGUUCGCUGGAGGAGUAUAAACACUUUGUUGGACUGUUUCAUUAUGUUAGGGAAAAAGGAAAAAGGACUUAUGUACAAGAUCAGGGAUGCGUAUCUAACUUCUUUACUGAAGUUUUGGACCACGUGUCGUAGGGCUGAGUGCUUAGCACACGAGGGCAAGGUAAGCGUGAGAUUGGUUUAGCUGCUAAGCAUAUAUGCAAAAACUAUGGAUAUCAAUUUUAUUGAAUAAAAACUGCAGUAAUCUAAAGACUCAUACAAUAUAAAAUUAAACAUUCUGUUUAAAAUACUGUUGGGGUUUUGAAAACAGCGUCAAAAGUCACAUGAAAUAUUUCACACGCAGGUGGGGUACGAUGCUGUCAUGCGAAAUGCAACGAAAUGACGUCUGUUUGUUGUGAAUUUUAGAACGAAGCAAACACAAUCCACAGCCGAAUAAGGGACGCCGAGACGAGCAGAGUUGAACGCAUUUUAAUCGUGAUUUUACUCUGGAUUACCUUCGAAAUUCGUCUUUCUUUCGACCAUUGUAUGUAGAUCCAGUGUUGAAGUACCAAUAACGAUAAUACGUCAAGAAUAGGAAGUUGAUCAUCGACCUAGGAAAGACCUGCAAACGACUGCAUUUAUACGAGAUAUUCAGCGAAGGAUGCCGUACGUUAUAAUAAAGACGGAUAACGCAGCGGGCCAAAAGAAGCUGCUGGUGGUGCCUGAAACAUGGGUGGAAAGUAAAGCCGGACAAGGCGAAUAUUUGCGUUGGCCAGAUGCGAAAAGUAUAAAAAAUCUGAAAGAACUGCUAGAGAAUGAAAAAAGCAUCCCAGCAGCUGUAUGGGAAAAACGUAAAUGCAAUAUCAUAUACCAGCACGUUCCUUCUCUAGCAUCAGGAGAGAAAACGAUAGAAAUUAUGCAAAAUUCGAUUCCUGCUGGUAAAGGCACCAGCACAAGCACAACGAAGAGUAUGGAAUGGAAAACUGCUAAGGAUCAGAAGAAUGAACCAGGAGCGUAUCAUCCUCCUUCGAAAGGGACGCUGAUUGUGGUUGAAGAAACACAGCCGAGUCAAAAUUUGCAAGAUUUAUUAAGCGUUGUGAUUCCCAAGGAGGAGAUCGAAGAUUCAUUUGAAGAUUCGAAUGAUUUGCUAAGAAUAGAACCUUUAAAUGUUUUAACUGAAAGGGACAGACAAAGCAACGAACAGAAUCUGAUGUCCUUGCUAGGCAUCGAGGAAACGGAGUACGAGCCCUUUAACGAUGUCCUUCCAAGUCCUUCUGCGGAAGUAUCCCAAUCAAGUGCGAGCAAGGUAGCUGGGAAGAGUUCUGCAAAGAUCGAUCCACCUAGAAAUCCAAGUUUGAAUGUGAUCGAGGCAAAACAGCUGAGAGAUUUAGACAUAAUAGAGUACGAUCCGUUUGAGGAAGUAAGCCCUUCGCCGGAAGUAUCCCAUCCACCUAGUAAACCACGUGUGAAUGUGAUCGAUGCUAAGCAGCUGAUAGAUGAUGCACAACGCUUCUUCUCCGACGCCAGCAAAGAGGCGGAUAGUGAACCAUCCGUAGAGAUUCAGUCAUUUUCUCAGCUAAUCGAUAUGGUACAAGAGAUAAAAUUUAUGAUCGAAAAAAGUCAGAAAGACAUUAAAAAAAUUGUGUCCAAUGCUAUGUACAAAAUGACUAGGUCCAUUAAUAUGCUGCUGGAUGGAGAAGUUACUGGGAUGCCGAUCGAUAAUCUGUCGGAUGAUAAUGAAGGACUGAAAUUCGACGUGCUAACGAGCGUAGAGGCAGUGGAAAACUUCGAAGAACGUCUGAAGGACGAAAAAUAUCUGAAGGAGAUACACAGCUGGGUCGAUUCCUGUGUCCGUUUUGAGGGUAGCGCACAGCACCGUAUGCAUAAAAUGCUGGAUCUGAUAUUCGACCGAAAACUAUUUGCAAAGUUCAGCUGGUCAGGAAGAUAUAAACUCCCAAUGCAAAAGUAUACGAAUAUACUGAAACUGUUUGAAUACAUCGGCACCAACGGUAUGGAACGCGUGGAACGGGCGCAUGUAGAAAUAUUCUUUAAAGGAAAAUUGACCCAUGCCUAUGCUAGGGUACACAUUACCAGUACGGACAGAUCGCACCCAAAAAAACGGAAAACCACACUCCAGACGUGCGAUCAAGGUCAGGCAAGCAAAUCGAAAACAGGUCCAACAGAAGAAAUCUCAAACGCAUCGGAAUUUAAUGUGAAUGUGCAAGGUGCCAGUCAUAGAGGUACCGUCGAACAACAAAAAGGCAACUUAGAAACGGGACAAGCUUCAACAGCACUACCAAGUACUUCAAAACCAUCCGUAAAGGUAAUUUUACCUGUAGUUAAUGUUAAUCCUAUAAAAUCGACGAUACAACUGGAUGGAUUCGAAAGUGCUUUAAACGACGUGAAAAAGAAAAUCCAAGUGCAUAGAUGGGUUGAUAGAACGGUUGGCCAAAUUGCUGAUGCUGAACAACGGAUGAAAGUGUUGCUGGAACGGCUGAUUGAUCGAAAUGCUUUGCAAAAUUUUUGCUGGAUGGAUACUGGCAGCGGAAAGCGACGAUUAGACCAGUACAAAAACUUUAUUCGACUGUUCGAGUACGCCAGCAGAACCAUGGUAUCCAAUACGGUCUUGUUUCAUCAUGAAUUGGUGGCCAGUUUCUUUGCAAAGACGUUGGACCACGUGUCGUAGCAAGUAGGCUGAGGAAAUUAAAAUGCGAACGAAAUGAAAUAAAUGGUGAUCGACCAAGAAUUGAAAUAUUUCACACGCGUGUGUACGAUGCUGUCACGCGAAAUGCAAUGAAAUGACGUCUGUUUGUUGUGAAUUUGAGAACGAGGCAAAUGCAAUCCACAGCCGAAUGAGGGACGCCAAGACGAGCAGAGAGUUGAACGCAUUUUAAUCGUGAUUUUAAUCUGGAUUUCCUUCGAAAUUCGUCUUUGUUUCGACCAUUCUGUGUAAUUCGAUCCGGUGUUGCAGUCAUACCGAUAAUACGUCAAGAAUAGGAAGUUGAUCAUCGAGCUAGGAAAGGCCUGCAAACGACUGCAUUCAUACGAGAUAUUCAGGGAAGAUUGUGAUUGCAGGAUGCCGUACGCCAUUAUAGAGACGGAUGAUGCUGCGGGUAAAAAGAAGCUGCUGGUGGUGCCCGAACCAUGGGUGGAAGACGAAGAAGGCGAGUAUUUGCGUUGGCCUGAUGCGAAAAGUAUGAAAAAACUGAAAGAACUACUAGAGAAUGAAAAAAGCAGCCCGACGCCUGUAUGGGAAAAGCGUAACUGCAAGAUUAUAUGCCAGGAAGUUCCAUCACUAGCAGCGGGAGAGAAAACGAUAGAAAUCAUACACAAUUCGUCAGAUGCUGGUACUAGCGAUCAAAGUACGGGAACUAACAAAAAUCUCAUUGAUACAAUAGCUAAAGCCACCAGCACAAGCUCAAUGAAAGGAGGAAAAUGCAAAACUGCCAUUGCCCAGAACAGUAAAACGGUAGCGUACGAUCCUCCUUCGGUAGGGAGUACUCUUAUUGUGGUCGAAGAAUCACAGCCAAGUGAAAAUUUGCAGGAUUUAUUAAGCGUUGUGAUUCCCAAGGAAGAGAACGAGGAUCCGUUUGAUGAUUCAGACGCUUCUGAAGAACUUUUGGAACCGAGCACGAAUGAUCCGCUUGAGCAGGAGUGUUUCAGUGAUAUGACAGAAACAGAGAAACGGAAAAAUGAACAGAAUCUGUUGUCCUUGUUAGGUAUAGAGGAACCGGAGUACGAUCCAUUUGAUGAUGUAAGCUCUUCAUCGGAAGUAUCCCAGCCAAGUGGAAGCAGCGUAGCUGGGAAGAGUUCGACAAACAUUGAUCCUCUUAGCAAACCACUUUUGAAUGUGAUCGAUGCAAAGCAGCUGAGAGAUUUACAGAUAAUUGAGUACAAUCCAUUUAAGGAGGUAAUCCCUUCACCGGAAGUAUCCCAGCCAAGUCUGAGCAACGUGGCUGGGAAGAUUUCUGCAAAGAUUGAUGCACCACGAAAUCCACGUUUGAAUGUCAUCCAUUCAAAGCAGCAGAGAGAUUUAGGGACAAUAGAGUACGAUCUAGUUGAUGAGGUAGGCCCUUCGCGAGAAGUAUCCCAGCCAAGUGUGAGCAACAUGUCUGGGAAGAGUUUUGCAAAAAAUGAUCCACCUAGAAUGGCACGUGUGAAUGUGAUCGAUGCAAAGCAGCUGAGAGGUUUAGAUACAAUAGAGUACGAUCUAGUUGACGAAUUAAACUCUUCACCGGCAGUAUCUCAGCCAAGUGUGAGCAUCGUGUCUGGAAAAGAUUCUGUUAAAAAUGACCCACCUAGAAAACCACGUGUGAAUGUGAUCGAUGCAAAGCAGCUGAGAGAUGAUGCACAACGUUUCUUCUCCGGCACCAACAAAGAGGCGGACAGUGAACCAUCGGUAGAGAUUCAGACGUUUUCUCAACUAAUCGACAUGGUACACGAGUUGAAGUGUACGAUUGAACGAAAUCAGAAGGACAUAAAAAAAAUAAUUUGGAAUGCUAUGUAUCAAGUGAACAGAUCCAUUCAUAAGCUGCUGGAUAAAAAAAUGAAUGAAUCGUGUGAAAAUUUAUCAGAUGACGAUGAAGACCAGACAUUCGACCUGCUAACGAGCGUAGAGGAGGUGAAAAACUUCGAAGAACGACUGAAGGAUGAAACAUAUCUGAACAAGAUACACCGAUGGGUCGAUUAUUGUGUCCGUUUUGAGAGUAGCGGUCAUUUUCGAAUGCACAAAAUGCUGGAUCUGAUAUUCGACCGAAAACUAUUAGCCAAGUUCAGCUGGUCGGGAAGGAAUAACCAACUCCCCAUGAAACACUAUGAGAAUAUACUGAAACUGUUUGAAUAUAUAGGAACCAAUAGUAUUGAGCAUGUAAACCGGGAUGAUGUGACUACAUUUUUCUUAAAUAAACUAAAACAUGCUCAGUACAGGGUAAAUCUUCGCUCUUUUGCUAAGAGCGUACCAAGAAAACGAAAACACCCAAAUAAGAGAAGCGAUCAAGGUCAGGCAAGCAAAUCGAAAAAAGGCCCAGCGGAAGAAAUCUCCAACGCACCGGAAUUGAAUGUGAGCAAUGAGAGUACGAGUAAAAUUAGUGCAGUUGGUAUCGAACAAAGUAUACCCAACUUAGAGAAGCGACCAGUUUCGAUAGCUCCUGCUGGUACUUCAUAUGCUUUCAUCAAGGAAAUAUUACCCGAGAUUGAUAUUGCUCCGGCUCAAUUGCUAGCAGAAAUGGAUGAUUUCGAAACUGAAUUAAAUGACGAGAAAAGGAAAAAGCAAGCUCAAAGUUGGGUCGACAGAACGGUUGGACAUAUAGCUGAUGCUGAACAACGGAUGAAAGUUUUGCUGGAACGGUUGAUUGAUAAAAAUGUCUUGCUAAACUUUUGCUGGACGGAUACUAGCAGCGGAAAGCGACGAUUAGACCAGUACAAAAACUUUGUUCGACUGUUUGAGUACGCCAGCAGAACCAUGCUAUUCAAUACUGUCGUGUUUAAUCACGGAUUUGUGGCAAGCUUCUUUGCAAAGACGUUGGACCACGUGGCGCAGCAAGUAGGCUGAGGUAGUGGAACCAUUAUAAUCGUUAAUAUGAAUAGGAACAUUGCUGAGAGUGGUGCGUUUUCGAUCAGCGCAUGAGAUUAGCAAUUUUCAAAGAUAGAUUAAUCACCUUGGAAAAGUAUCUUGUGUUGCACAAACAAGAAAGGGGAAUUGAUCUGACUUGAAAACGAGAAUUUUUAAAAAGAACUAAGAAAAACUACUUGAAUUACGUCCAAUAUUCUGUUCAUGCAAUGAGCGUGCGUAAUUUGAAAACAAUAUUAACAAGUAAAUAAAGCUGGAAACAUAAAAAAUAAAGAGGUUUUGGGUUUUUUCUCAUGCGAUGAAUAGAGUUUUGAGCGAUACGAUGGCGUCUGUUGCAUGUGUAUGCAACUGGGAAUAUAAAUAUCCUGCACCGCAGGAAGCAGUACGGCAUUUGCAGUGCUUUUUUAAAGGAAAUCCUGUAGUUUCUACUAGUGAUGGGCUGCAUGGAGCGCACCUACGACUCCGAUCCGAUUUCGACUAUUGUUCGUCCGAUUCCGACUCCGACAGAAUAUAACCACUAGAUCCGUCCGAAGUCGGAGUCGUCUGGAGUUAUCCUUAGUCGUCCGGAAUCGUUCGGAGUCAUCCUUAGGUCGUCCGGAAUCGUUCGAAGUCGUCCUUAGUUCGUCCGGACGACUCCGGCUCCGGGCGACUCUGGACGACUCCAGACGACUCUGGACGACUCCAGACGACUCUGGACGACUCCGAACAACUCCGGACGACUCCGAACAACUCCGGACGACUCCGGACGACUCCGAACGACUCCGGGUGACUUCGGACGAAUCCGGAUGACUCCGACUCCGGGCGACUCCGGACGACUCCGAGCGAUUUCGGACGAUUCCGAACGACUCCGGAUAUUGCAGCGCGGAACUACCUUCCGGAGUCGAUUCAGAAUUUAUCGGAGUCAGAUCGGAGUCGACACCGAAUUUUUGCCUACUUUACCCAUUACUAGUUCCUACGGUCUUACGGUUUCUUCUUCUUCUUUUUCAUUUGGCACAACAACCGCUGCCGGUCAAGGCCUGCCUGUACCCACUAGAGAAGUGGGCUUGGCUUUCAGUGACUUUUUGUUACCGUAGCAGGAUAGUCAGUCCUACGUAUUGGGGCACGGUCUAUUCGAGGCUUGAACCCAUGAUGCCCGUUCGAGUUGACGACUGUACCAUCUCUUACGGUCUUACGGUUUAAAAAAAAUGCAAAAAGCAGUUAAAAUGGUGAAAUACAAUACGCAACACUUCCCAGAUGGCUUUCGUUGAAAUAUUUCACUGCCCUCGUCUACCUGGCUCAGCGGACAGCGGCUGCUUCCCUUGUGACAAGCCUACAGUGACAUUGGUUUGUUGUGAGUUUUGCGCGGAUAUUCUGAGCAUAAGCGACGCCAGCAGACGGAUUCGUUCAAUAUCGACGACGACGUUGACUAUUUGCUGAAAUCGUAUUAUUUCAACUGCUCCGUUUCGCUAGCGACCUUGCUAGGCCGUGCAUUUUAGCAACCAAAGUUUUAAUAAACUGAACGAAUAUAAGUGUUUUUACAUAGCGUGUGGGGAAUUCUAGCUCGCCUUCAUUGUCCCACAAAAGUAACGCCAGGAAGAAGGAUGCCGUACGUCGUGGUCGAAACGAUGAACGCCUCGGGCAACAAGGACCUGCUGGCGGCACCGCAGUCAUGGUUGGUAAACAAAACCCAAGCGGUUGGAUAUCUGCAUUGGCCCAGUAGCAGCAGUAGGGAAACUCUGAAAGCACUGCUGGCAAACGAUCGAACGCUUCCCCGGCCGGAGUGGGAAAGGCGGGUGUGUAAAAUCCUGUACCGGAAUAUGCCGUCGUUAGCAUCGGCGGAAAAGGUGGUACAAACAACGCACUUGCGGAAUAAACUCCUAGCUCGUGCAGCAAGUAACAGUAGCAACAUCCUUAGUGUCACAAGGGGAGAUAAUAAUGCAGUACGAAGCUAUUCCGCAGCCAAAGUCACUCCAAGGCCUGCUCAACAAAGGCAGCAAAGCGCGGAUGAGCCGCAACUGUACGGUAAUGUGGUGCCCAAGGAGGAAGAUGAGGAAAUGGAGGAGGAGGAUCCGUUUGGUGAUGUUGCUCCUGCUGCAGCACACUUGCCGAAUGAACCAGCAAUUCUGGACAUUGAGCCUAAACGAUUGCACCACUCAAGCGAUGAGGAAGAAUAUGAUCCCUUCGAAGAUGUGAGCCCGCUGGAGGACAAAUCGGAGCUGACUGUCAUCGCGGUGGAGCAAUUAAGUGAGGAGGCACAGCGUUUGUUCUCCUCGAUUGGCACAGAGCAGGAGCAGGAGCAGGAGCAGGAGCAGGAGCAGCAAUCGACGCAUGAAGACAAACUCAAUUUGCAAAUAAUGGACAUGAUACGCGAGCUGAAGUAUAUGAUGAUAAGCAACCAAAAGGAGAUUAGGAAAAUAGUGAGUGAAAGUAUGGGCAAAAUACACCGUACCGUUAAUCUGCUGCUUCACAAAAAAGUUGAUGAAGAUGCGGAAGAAGGCCCUCGACAUCUGUACGAAAGAGUCGACCCGGAAGAGUUCACUUUCGACCCCCUAACUACAGUCGAGCAGGUGGAAAAGUUUGACGAACAAUUAAGGGAAGACAAGUACCGCAAGGAGAUUUACGGGUGGGUUGAGUCGAACGUCGGUUACGAGAGCAGCUCCGAGCAUAGGAUGCACACAAUGCUGGAUCUAAUAUUCGACCGACAGCUGUUUGCUAAGUUUAGUUGGUCCGGCUUGAACAAAAAACACCCAAUGCAGGUGUUUCGUAACAUAGUGCAGCUGUUCGAGUACAUUGGCUCCUCCAGCGUGCAGCGUAUAAAGCGGGAACAGGUGAAGCAAUUCUUAAUGAAAAAGCUUAAACAGGCCGACAGUAGGAAAAAUAAAACGUUCAUUCGCAAAUCUGUACCGCAUCAGCGGAGAAAGUUUGAGGAGAGAGAAUGGGCUCAAAGCAGGGCAAGCAAGGUGAAGAGACGAGCAACCGAAACCAAGCCAUCAUCAACAACAAGCGGGCAAAUGAGCGGGGAUGAGGAACGAGCAGCUGCCCGAAGUGUCGCAGAACAGCCUAAUGUUAACGAAAAACAAAAAGAUGAUGAAGUACAGCAGCAUCUCAAGCAAAGUGUUUCAGCACCAAGCUUACCCGGUGUGGGCCGUAUUGCGGUCACAAAGCCUGUGGCACAAGUGAAGGAUGAUAAACUCGUGAAUACAAACGACGGCAAAAAAGGAGAGAUGAGCCAACCGAAGGCUAGUACGUCCCAGCAGCUACCACCGGCCACCCAAAGCGUACCAGAGAUUCACAUCAAUCCCAUCAAAUCUUUGGCACAAAUGAAAGGAUUUGAAAUUACUCUGAACGACGAGAAACGGAAACUGCAGGUCGAGCGAUGGGUCGACAGAACGGUUGGCUCUAUCGCAGACAUUAGCCAGCGCAUGAAGCAACUGUUGGAGCGGUUGAUUGAUAAAAACUUCUUGCUCAACUUUAGUUGGAGGAACGGCGGUGACAAACGAUCGUUGGCGGAGUUCAAAAACUUUGUCCGACUGUUUGAGUACACUAGCAGAACCAAACUGCACAAUACUGUCAUAUACAAUCAUGGUAUUGUUUCUAGCUUCUUUAUCCAGACGUUAGAUCAUGUUUCUUAGAACUAAGCCUUUGCUAACAACAAUAUGAGUGGCAAAUCUUAAUAAAUAUAAAAUGUUUUAUACAUA